GGUAAAUGUCAGGAGCAAUGGCUGGCGUUCCCCCCUGAACUAUCGCGCGGGCUUUUAUUUCGAUUUUUCUUUGCAUUAUCCUCUUUAUUUUCCGCUGGAAGGCUGUUUUUUUUUUGUUGUUUCCUGCCCUGCCGCUGGCCUGAGAGACUCGGAGGAGGAUGAUGUGCGAGGUGAUGCCCACCAUCAGCGAGGACACCCUCAGCCAGAGGGGCUCCCAGAGCAGCUCGGAGGACUCCAAUUUCGAGCAGCUGAUGGUCAACAUGCUGGAUGAACGCGACCGGCUGCUCGACACCCUCCGAGAGACCCAGGAGAGCCUGGCGCUGGCACAGGGCAAACUCCAGGAUGUCAUCUACGAUAGGGACUCUCUGCAGCGCCAGCUCAACUCUGCAUUGCCCCAGGAGUUUGCUGCACUGACAAAAGAACUAAAUGUAUGCAGAGAACAACUGUUGGAAAAAGAAGAGGAAAUUUCUGAACUCAAAGCUGAGAGAAAUAACACAAGACUUUUGCUGGAGCAUUUGGAAUGUCUUGUGUCAAGACACGAGCGAUCACUGAGAAUGACAGUGGUGAAACGGCAGGCACAGUCUCCUUCAGGAGUUUCCAGUGAAGUUGAGGUUUUGAAGGCACUAAAGUCACUUUUUGAACACCAUAAAGCUUUAGAUGAGAAGGUGAGGGAACGUCUACGAAUUGCUCUGGAGAGGGUAUCCACACUGGAAGAGGAAUUGACAGCUGCUAACCAAGAGAUAGCGCUACAGCAAGAACAAAAAGCACACUUCCAGAAGAGUGAAGAAUCUAUAGAAUCUGAGCUUCCAGAGGGAGCAGAGCCAGGUCAGAGGCUUCAUGGAAAGCGUCUUUCCAAUGGUUCAAUUGACCAUAAUAAUGAAAUGAAUCAAGUUGUGGAACUACAGGAUUUGCUGGAAAAACAGAACUUUGAGAUGACACAGACAAAAGAGCGGUUAGCAGCAUUGACUGGUCAGUUUGCUGAAGUGGAACAGGAUCUCGAAACAGCCAGAAAAGAUCUGAUUAAAUCAGAAGAAAUGAGUACUAAAUAUCAGAGGGAUAUUAGAGAGGUAAUUGCUCAGAAAGAAGAUAUGGAAGAAAGGAUAACUACACUCGAGAAGCGGUACCUUAAUGUACAGAGAGAAUCAACCUCAUUACAUGACAUGAAUGACAAACUGGAAAAUGAGUUGGCAAAUAAGGAUGCCUUCUUACGCCAGCUAGAAGAGAAAAAUAGACAGUUACAGGAACGUCUGGAACUUGCUGAACAAAAGCUACAGCAAACAAUGAAACGAGCAGAAACGCUACCGGAAGUGGAAGCUGAACUUGCCCAGCGAAUUGCAGCCCUGACAAAGGCUGAAGAGAGGCAUGGCAGCAUAGAAGAACGUUUGAGACAUUUAGAGACUCAGCUUGAAGAAAAGAAUCAGGAACUGCAAAGGGCCCGCCAAAGAGAGAAAAUGAAUGAAGAGCACAAUAAGCGACUGUCAGACACAGUGGACAGAUUGUUGACAGAGUCUAAUGAGCGACUUCAGCUGCACUUAAAAGAACGAAUGGCUGCAUUAGAGGAUAAGAACAUUCUGAUACAAGAAUCUGAACUCUUAAGAAAACAACUAGAAGAGUCUCUUCAUGAUAAGGAACGAUUAGCAGAAGAAGUAGAAAAAUUUCAUUCUGAGGUUCAACAAAUGAAAAUGCAAUCUGUUGCUUUAUUGGACCCAGCCAUGCCCAGGACACUUAUGGAUCCUUCACCUGAUAAGCGGUAUUCCAUGGGCUCAUUGAUAGAUAGCCAGUCUGACCAUUUUAGGUCAUCCAAAGUGCUAAGGAGAUCACAGAAAGGUCAUGCAAUAGGCCGCAGAGAAGAACCAAAGAUACAGACACUUGGUGACAAAGAAUGGAGCAGAACUCAGCAGAUCGGUAUGCUGAGCAGCCAUCAGUUUGAAAGUGACACUGAAAUGUCUGACAUUGAUGAUGAUGACAGAGAAACAAUAUUUAGUUCCAUGGAUCUUCUUUCGCCAAGUGGGCACUCUGAUGCUCAGACACUUGCCAUGAUGUUACAAGAGCAGCUUGAUGCUAUUAACAAUGAAAUAAGGUUGAUCCAGGAAGAGAAAGAGUCAACUGAACUUCGUGCUGAGGAAAUUGAGAAUCGAGUGGGUAGUGUUAGCCUUGAAGGUCUAAAUUUGGCCAGAAUGCAUCCAGGGAGAUCUAUUACAGGCUCUGUUACAGCUUCAUCAUUAGCUAGUUCCUCCCCUCCUAUAAGUGGACACUCAACACCCAAAUUCAGAGCACGUAGCCCUGCCCGGGACAUUGAUCGUAUGGGCAUCAUGACACUGCCUAGUGAUCUAAGGAAGCAUCGGAGAAAGAUUGCAGCUGUGCAGGAAGAUGGUCGUGAAGACAAAGCCACAAUAAAAUGUGAAACAUCACCUCCAUCAUCACCAAGACCACUCAGAAUGACACAAACUCUCCCAUCCUAUCAUGAUGAUGUGCGAAGUUUCUCAGCAUCAAUAGAAGCAGAAAUGGGCAACUAUAGUAGUACAAGUAGCCAGGACUCACUCCAUAAAGCACAAAAGAAGAAAGGAAUCAAAUCCUCAAUAGGUCGUUUAUUUGGCAAGAGAGAGAAAGGGCGUCUAGGACACCUUGCCAAAGACCAUUUGGCCUCAGUACAAGCAGGUAUCUUUGAUGCAGAAAUCAGUAACCAAGAUUCCCUUGGAUUGGGAAAAUUAGGAACACAAGCAGAAAAAGACAGAAGAUUGAAGAAAAAGCAUGAAUUAUUAGAAGAAGCCCGGAGAAAAGGUUUGCCAUUUGCACAGUGGGAUGGACCAACAGUAGUAGCAUGGCUUGAGCUGUGGCUUGGAAUGCCUGCUUGGUAUGUUGCCGCUUGCCGGGCAAACGUGAAGAGUGGUGCCAUUAUGUCUGCUUUGUCUGAUACUGAGAUUCAAAGGGAAAUAGGAAUCAGCAAUCCUCUUCAUCGUUUAAAACUCAGAUUGGCAAUUCAAGAAAUGGUAUCACUAACAAGUCCAUCAGCACCUCCAACAUCCAGAACACCCUCAGGAAAUGUCUGGGUGACACAUGAGGAAAUGGAAAAUUUAACAUCUGCUGCAAGAAUGGAGUCUGAAGAAGGCAGUUGGGCUCAGACUUUGGCCUAUGGUGACAUGAAUCAUGAAUGGAUUGGUAAUGAAUGGCUUCCUAGUUUGGGAUUACCUCAGUACCGCAGCUACUUCAUGGAGUGCCUGGUAGAUGCUAGAAUGCUGGAUCACCUGACAAAGAAAGAUCUCCGUAUUCAUUUAAAAAUGGUGGAUAGCUUUCAUCGAACAAGUUUACAGUAUGGUAUUAUGUGCUUGAAGCGGUUAAACUAUGACCGAAAAGAACUGGAAAAGAGGAGAGAACUAAGCCAGCAUGAAAUUAAAGACACGAUAGUAUGGAGCAAUGAUCGCGUCAUCAGGUGGAUAUUGUCAAUUGGUCUUCGAGAUUAUGCAAACAACCUCAUGGAAAGUGGUGUCCAUGGAGCACUCCUUGCCUUGGAUGAAAAUUUUAACUACAGCAGUUUAGCUUUAAUACUUCAAAUUCCCACACAAAACACACAGGCAAGACAAGUUCUUGAAAGGGAGUAUAACAACCUUCUUGCACUAGGAACAGAAAGAACUCUUGAUGAUACUAAUGAGAAAAAUUUUCAGCGAGGACCUUCCUGGAGAAAACAGUUCCCUGCGCGUGAAGUUCAUGGAAUCAGCAUGAUGCCAGGAUCUUCUGAAACACUUCCUGCAGGUUUCAGAUUAACAACAACAUCCACAAAAAGAUCCUCUGAUGUUGCCUCAACAGGAAUGCAAAGAAUAGACAACUCAACCAUUCGGACUUACUCUUGCUGACAUCGAGAGAAAUUAAUCAGCAAUGUCUUGUGCAUUUGGCCAAUACCUGUAUGCAAAAACUUCCAUUGGCUUUGAAGACUGACAAUACCAACAGCAAUUUGCCAGUUAAAUGAAUUGGAUAUUGCUAAAAGUACAUUCUCAAAGUGCAACAAUGUUUUUGUAAAGAAAUUAGCUUAAGGACAGUUAUAAUUUAUAAAUGUCAAUUUAUUAUAUUUCACUAUCAACUGAGUUGAUACUGUUCAGUAAAUGUUUGACGGAAAAGUACUGCACUCACUCUUUUCAGAUCUCAGUGUAAGGAUGGACAUGUUUUAGCAUCAUUGUAUCAUGUCAUUUGUUCUUGACUCACAGUUUACAAAAAUGUCUUGUAUAAUAUUGGCUGAACAUAUGUAGUGUGUAUGGAUUUCUUUAUAUAUAUGUAUGUUGUAUGUAAAUGUAUAUAAAUAUUUUAUAAAAAAAAACAAAAGUACUGCACAGAAUUUACAUGUGGUUUUAAUCAGAACACACUCAUUGUCAAAUAAUUCUGCUGUUUGUAUCUCAUCACCUGCCAUAGACUUUGUGAUAUUUAAUACAGAAAACCAUUUUUACAAAAAUUUACUAAAACAAUGCAGUUUGGACUGUAAUUUCAGUAAUAUUCCUAACUUUCUAACAUGCAGUUGAAGCUGGAAUCCUGCCACAAUCCAAAUGUUAAAUAUCUGAAAACCUUACAUUGCAGAAUCAAUUUUCUUCUGGGCCUCUGUAAGGUGAUGAGACUGUAUUUAGAUGACAAAAAAGCAUUGUAAUCCCUCUGCUAAACUGCUAAUUUACAAGACAUGAACCUUAUUCUUGGAACCUAUUCUGCAGCCCACAAUUAAUUUGACUUGUGGACCAAGUUUUACUUUGCAGUCUUUGUCAGAAUUGUGCUAUUAUGAUCUAAAGAUGUGAGCCAAAAUUUUGCAAACUGGUAUAUUUGGUGUUGCCAUUUGUUUAUGACAAAUCUUUUGUCUUUAUAACUUGACACUUGUUGAACUCAAGCUUACCUGCAAGCUUCUGCCAAGCUUGCCUUGUAAAGACUUUAUACUGUUAAAUUCACUUUAUUAGAAGAAAUAACUGAAAGACAGAAUGUUAUGCAGACUAAAAUGUAUAAAAUAUUAGUCAUUUGAUCAGAUUUAUUGCCUGCUGCAGUAUUAUUUGUCCUCAUAUUGUUACUCUUUGUAGAAAUUUGGAGAAAAUUGUGAUAGCUUUAAUAUUCUGGUUGCAAGCUCAAGCUGCUUUGACCUCAGCUUUAUGAACUGUCUUUUAGUUAUUUCCCUUUGCAUUUCUUUUGCUGUUUUGUAUGAUCAAACACAUUCUGUUUAGUCCCAUAUUUGUUUACUGCUUGAUUUCAGUCAAAGCUAAUGGUGAUCCAGUUAUUUUGCACUGUCAAUAAAGAGUACCACUGAUAAGACCUAUUUCAAAGUCACUUUAGUGAACCAUUGUGAAAUGGAUUGCUUAAUUUCUCUCAAUUUUUAUUUAAGUGACAGGAUUUAAUGCCUUUAAAGAUAUUUGUUUAAGAUUUCCAUUGAAGUUUCUUCAGGAAAGUGG